GCAUCAUAAGUGUACAACGUGUGCAAGCAGCAGACAUGGCCAACCCAUCUACUCGACAAGCUCCCCAAUUUGGGAUUGUAAAGCAGGUUCUUUCAGGUGAUUCUGUGGUUAUCCGGGAACAGCCAAGAAAUGGACCUCCACCAGAAAAACAGAUCAGUCUGUCAAAUAUAACUGCCCCCAAACUAGCGCGUAGAGCACUUCCAAAUACUGAGAAUUCACUACCAACUAAAGAUGAGCCGUACGCAUGGCAGGCUAGGGAGAUGCUACGAAACAAACUUGUUGGCAAGCAAGUCUGUUAUGUGGUAGAAUAUACGGUCCCAGGAUCAGGAAGGGCUUAUGCUUGUAUCUACAUUGGCAAAGAUACAAGUGGAGAAAAUGUGACAGAAGCCCUUGUCUCAGAAGGUUUGGUGGAGGUUAGAAGAGGAGGAAUCAAACCCAGCGAUGAUCAGACUCGAUUGUGUGACCUAGAGGAUGCAGCAAAGGCUGCUGGGAAGGGGAAGUGGGCAAAGGAGCAGUCUCCUGAUGCUAUUCGUGAUAUUAGUUGGACCACUGAGAACCCUCGUCAUUUGGUGGACUCACUCCAUCAGAAACCAGUUGAUGCCGUUGUGGAGCAUGUCCGGGAUGGGUGUACUCUUCGUGCCUUCUUGAAACCUUCCUUCCAGUAUGUCACUGUUAUGCUCUCUGGAAUUAAGUGUCCCAUGUUCAAAAGAGAAGGGGACAAAGAAGUUGCAGAACCGUUUGCAGACCAGGCUAAAUUCUUCACCGAAAGCAGAUUACUCCAAAGAGAAGUCAAGAUCAUUUUGGAGGGGGUAUCAAAUCAGAAUUUCCUUGGAACCGUCUUGCAUCCUGUUAACAAUAUGAACAUUGCAGAGUGCUUGCUUCGUGAUGGUUUUGCUCGCUGCGUAGAUUGGAGCAUGGGACUAGUCUCUUCUGGAGCGGACAAACUCAGGGCGGCAGAAAAGGUAGCCAAGGAGAAGCGUCUUCGGCUGUGGAAAGAUUACACCCCACCCACUAAGACUGUUGAUAUUGGAGAGAAGUACUUCAGUGGAAAGGUUAUGGAAGUUGUCAAUGCGGAUGCAUUGGUUGUCAAGCUUGAUAACGGAACCUUUAAGAAGAUCACUCUAUCUAGUAUACGACCUCCAAGACUUCCUGCUACCACAGAAGAAGCUCCUAAGGAUCGACGGGUUAGACCAUUGUAUGACAUUCCAUACAUGUUUGAAGCAAGGGAAUAUUUGAGGAAGAAGUUAAUUGGUAAGAGGAUCAACGUGUCUGUUGAUUACAUCAAGCCUGCCUCUGAUGGCUAUCCAGAGAAAACAUGUGCAACCGUCACCAUUGGACAAGUCAAUGUGGCUGAAGCAUUGGUGAGCAAGGGAUUAUGUACAGCGCUACGUCACAGACAAGACGAUGAUCAACGGUCGGCUCACUAUGAUGAACUGUUAGCCGCAGAGACACGAGCCAUCAAGAAUGUCAAAGGCCUACAUAGUAAAAAGGAACAACCCCUUCACAGAGUCGCUGAUCUCUCAGGGGAUUCUGCCAAGGCGAAGCAGUUUUUACCGUUCCUUCAACGAGCUGGGCGAACUGAAGCUGUUGUAGAGUUUGUCGCUAGUGGAUCUCGAUUAAGACUCUUCUUACCCAAAGAGACAUGCCUUAUGACAUUCCUACUCGCAGGGAUUAGCUGUCCACGUAUGGCAAGGACUGGUCCAGGAGGUCCAACUCAAGGAGAACCAUUCGGUGAAGAAGCUCUUCAAUUCACCAAAGAGACAUGUCUACAAAGAGAGGUGGAGGUAGAAGUUGAGAACAUGGACAAAGGUGGUAAUCUGAUUGGUUGGUUGUUUGUUGAUGGUGUUAAUCUCUCUGUAUCUCUGGUGGAACAAGGACUCUCGAAGAUGCACUUCACUGCAGAGAGAAGCAACUAUUCCAGACAGAUCUCUGAUGCAGAAAGUAAAGCAAAGUCCAGCAAAUUAAAGGUUUGGGAAGACUACGUGGAACAGGUUGAAACAGUGCAGGUUGAAGAGACGGAACGGAAACCUAAAUAUGUAAAGAUCUUGGUGACGGAAGUUGGGAAGGAGCUGGACUUCUUUGCGCAGUAUGUGGAGUCAGGUCCUAAGUUUGAGCAGUUGAUGACUCAGCUACGGACCGAGUUCGAAGCUUCCCCUCCUCUGCAAGGAGCCUAUACACCUCAGGUUGGUCAACUCUGUGCUGCUAAGUUUGCUCUAGAUGGCCAGUGGUAUAGAGCUAAGGUUGAGAGAGUAUCAUCAAGGGACAAGGUCAUUGUACUCUUCAUUGACUUCGGAAAUCGUGAGCUGGUUCCAUCCACGAGUCUAGCAAGUCUACCCCCUGGUUAUCACACACAGGCUCCUCAAGCACAGAAAUACCAUCUAGCAUGUGUACAAUUACCAAAAGAUGAAGAGAACUUUCUGGAUGCCAUAGAAGCAGUACAGUCUACCAUCUUAAACAACACCUACUUGGCCAAUGUGGAGUACAAGAACGGAACAUUAGAGUAUGUCACUCUACUCACGCCAGAGAAGAAGGAAGAUGUGGUGGAAGGCUUACUCAAAGAAGGCCUGAUCCUUGCUGAGAUGAGAAGAGAGAAACGAUUAGCCAAGCUUGUCUCAGAAUACGCCAAAGCUCAAGAAGAAGCCAAGAAAGCCCAUAAAAAUCUGUGGCGAUAUGGUGACAUCACCGAAGACGAUGCAAAGGAAUUUGGCUUUUCUGGGUGAAAGGUCAGGCUCUGAUCUCGUCUUCAGUCUUCAAGUCGAACAUAAAAUGUCCCUGACACGAUCAACAAUUCAAAUGAAAUACUACAAAUUAAAUUUCACCAAUCAAUGAAAUACUGCAACAAGUGCUUUAUAAAAAAGGUCUACAAUGUUAUAAGAAUGGUGAUGAAACGUCUUUGUAAUAGUAAUUCAUUUUUUAAACGAUUAUUCUGAUUGUAUUUUCAUGUGGGAAAUUAUGUAGAUUAUAAGUUAUUCAUUUGAGGUACAAGAGUGCCAGACACCCGAGGUUUGUUCCAAAUGUAGUUUCCAGUGUAUUCAAUGAAUUAAUCCUCCCGGGAAAACUAUCACCUCACCAGGGUGACUUCAAACUCAAUUCAUUUAGAUAGAAUGUUCAUGGUACCACAAUCAGAGUUUAUCUUUAUAUAAAUCAUGUCAGUGUCUGUUUUAUCUCUACUUGAAGACUGAAAUAAAUUAGCAUGCUCAAGAUAACGAUAGUAUCACUCUAACCAAUUGAACGAAAACCUUAGACACAUUUAACCAAGAAAUACUUUUAUUGUUAUGCUUCCAAGAAGAUGUUUUGACAAAUUUGAAAUGUAAAAUGUAUUUCGUAAAUCUAAUUUUGAAUGGAGAUAGAAAUGUAUUGAUUUCAUGUGUAUUUGUAGUAUGUAGGCAUGUAUCUGUCAGGAGAAGGAAUAAAAUGAAUGUCUUUAGUCGUAGAGUAGAUUAAAGGUGUUAGGAAUUUGUUUUGUCUUAGGUAUAAAUAUAUUACGGAAAUUUCUUUAAAGUGGUAUUUUGGGAAACACUUUUCAGUAUUCUUAUUUCUCUAUCGCCCCCCCCCCCCUUCCCCUGUUUUAUUUUAGUGUAUUUGAGGGUAAUAUAAAGACAUUUUUUUUUUAAUUUAAAUUUUCCUUCCUUUUUUGCACUGUAAGUGGAAAGGAUAUGAUUUUUUAAUUCUGAGCAGAAGUUAUGUAACAUUUCCUACUUUUCUCUCUUCUUUUAAAUCUCAAUAUUAUCAUAUGAUUACUAUCUGGGGGAGUUUCAUGAAGCAUAAUCUGUGAUUUUCACUGACAAAUAAGCCAAUCAGAAGCACGGAUUUCAGUAGCUUAUAGCAAGUAUAACAUUGAAUAUCACCAUUUGUUUCAUGAAAUUUCUUUCCCAUUCUUGUUUUCUUGGAUUAAAUAAUUCAUAUCGACACCAUGUUGGGUAGAAACCAAUCAUGAUAUUAAUUUUCAAAUUGUCAUUUUGAAUAGAGAUAUUCAGAUUUACAUUUUGCAAUACAAAUAUGUGUAUUUGAUUGUGAACUUGAACAGGCAGCUAUCUCUUUCUUAUGAAGAAACAUUCAGUAUAUAUAACACAACUCAAGGGUAUUAUUCCUCACGGCUAUAAAUUCGGUAUUAUAUCUUUCUAUCGAACGUGCUAUGCACUGAUCUCAAGUAAUUAAUUGUGUAAUUGGUGACCAAUCAUUGAGAUUCCAUUCUAAAAUGUUAUUAUCUUUUAUGAGAUUCUAUUACAUUUAUGUUUACUCCAGCAAUUGAGUAGGAUUAAACUUUUCUGAGAACAAAUAA